AUGAUUCUUCACGAGACUGUCAAGCUCUUCUGGUCGAUUUUUGCCUUGGUGGCAGUGGCUUCACCUGCCAUAGCCUUUGCUCCGGUCAGUACGGCUACCCAAGGAUACCCCACGAAAACCACUGUUCCAUCAGAACCACCAUCCAAAACCUGUCUUUACGCCAGCUUGGCAUCUCGUCACUAUACUCGUUCCUCUGGUCGCAAUGAACGAUCCAAACGACAAGAACGCGUGGGUCAUCUGGUCCAAUUCGAAGUGGGAAGGAUUUUGCAUACCGGAAUUAUCCGAGGUGAUGCCGAAUAUUUGGAAGAUGAAUUGCGACAACGCAUCAGUGUCGUGAGUGUCGAUGUUUCACCGGAUUUGAAACAAGCCAGGAUAUCUGUGUCGAUUCGAGGGGCCACAUCCAACAACAAAGAAACUAUGGAAUGGGAAGGAGAGGAAUUUUUGUUGGAAGAUGAGGAGGAAUUGGAGGAUGAGGAAGAAGAGGAAUUUUUGGAAGACGACGAUGAUGAUGAUGAGGAGGAUGCAUUUGACAACAAUGCCAUUGUCGACAAACGAAGAGCCUAUGCCUGGUUGGUACGCAACACCAAACCCAUUCGUCACACCUUGGCCCAACGAAUGAGCCACAUGAAAGCUUGUCCAAGUUUGACAUUUGUGCAGGUAGAUGUGGCAGCGGCCACAGAUGUCAUGUAUCUCAUUGAUAAAGUCGCCCAGGGAUACAAGAGAGAACGAAUUGGCGAUUACAAUGAAAAUAUCGUGCCUUCAGGUAUUGUGAGGGGUAUCGAUUUUGAUGAAGAUUAUGACGAGGAUGAUUGGGAAGAAGAAGAAGAUAGCAAGUUCUUUUCCAAUUAA